AUGUCGUCGAAGGUUGAAGUCAUCAUCGUCGGUGGGGGCGUCUCCGGACUGACGUUUUCUCAUUGUCUGCGAAAAGCUGGCCUCAGCUAUGUCGUUCUCGAGAAAGGGUCCGAGAUAUGCUUUCAUGGAGGCGCCAGCAUCGGCUUGAUGCCUCAUGGAUUGCGGAUUCUCGAUCAGCUCGGCUUGUGCGACCAGAUCCUGUCUUUGACUGUCCCGGUAGCCACGUCAACCAGCCGAUUGUCAAAUGGAAAGAAGUUUCGGCACUCGUAUCUUUUGGCAGAGCUUGAAAAAAGACACGGCUACCCAACAACUUUCUUCGAACGAGAGGAGUUAUUGCAGGUACUUUAUCGAAAUAUUCCCGACAAGCAAAACGUCAAAACCUCACAACAGGUGACCGGCAUUGAACUUGGCGACAAUCAAGUCACGGUGGUGACCAGGCAAGGGCAAACCUGGCAAGCUCCCAUUGUGGUCGGGGCAGAUGGGAUCCACAGCUUCGUUCGGCAGGCUAUAUGGAAAGAAAUCGAACAAAAGAACAAAGGGGCGUCAUUAAAUCAAUCUCAAUCUAUCAUGGCGGAUUACUACUGCAUCUUUGGCGUGUCCGUUUACAAAAGCGACGACCCCGAAUUCGGCGAAGGGUCUGGUCACGCCAACUUUGACCAUGAGCGGUCUACAGUCGUGGUGAACUCGUCUAGGAACAAGCACUUUUGGUUUUUGAUCCUCAAGUUUGACAAGCGCCAAAAGUAUCCCAAUAUUCCUCGCUUCGGAGACAAAGACAUGGAAAAGACGGCAACUGAGAAUCAAGACUUGAUGGUCACGGAACACACUUCCUUCGCCCACCUUUGGAGGUUACGCACGAAAUGCGCCAUGGUUCCCCUUGAGGAAGUUGUCUUCGAUGUCUGGUAUGCCAAUCGCAUGGUGCUUCUUGGUGACUCGGCUCACAAAGUCACUCCGAAUGCUGGGCAAGGCGGCAACUCUGCGAUUGAGAGCGCCGCAGUUUUGGCAAAUCGCCUUCACAAAGCUAAACAGACGUAUGGGAACCUGGCUGCAAUGCAUACAACCUCAAUCACGAAUCUGUUCCAGCAAUAUUACUCAGAUCGCAAUGGAGUCAAGGAAAUGUCCCAGACGUCUGGAUUUGUCACUCGGCUGCACGCGCAAGACAGCCGGAUGCUGAAGGUAAUUGGAAGACACAUAUUUCCCUUCCUGGGGGACAACUUCGACCUCAAUGCGAUGUCCAAUUAUAUGAUCGGAGCCCCUACCCUUGAUUUCGUCGAGGUAAAGACUAAGCCCGCAUCGAUACCGUGGGAGGGAUGGACGAUCCCAAGUCCUACUAGCUCUUCGAAAGAAGGUGGGCCUUCUGCCUUGGGGACUUUGACCACGCUGGCGAUCCUGGGCCUGUUUCUGGGUUCGUGGACGUAUGCCCGAAAGGAAGCAGAGCUUUCAGCAAUCCCCAGACUCAAUUCUAGCAUUUUGAGUACAGCAGACAACCCAUCACCUUCCACAAUACUCCCAUCGCUGGUUUCGGAAGAGCCACAGCCCUGGGCCGACCUCGCCAUCCUUCUCAAUACUCUCCCCAUGGCAGCCAUCAUUGCGUCCGAGAGCUUCCGAGUCAAGAAUCUAAGUCUAGUUUCUGCCAUGUAG